AUGGCGACCGCCAGCGGCAAUGGUGGCGGGGGAGAGCCCGACCCCGCAGUCGGGGGACGCAAGCGCCAAGCCCUGGGGGACGAAGAUGACAGUGAGCGUCCGCUCACUCUCUCUACACUCUUGGAAGCCCUCAAGGAGAACCGCGAAGAAAUCGUGGCCAAGGUUCGCACCGACAUGGAAGGUUUGAACACUAGAGUCAGUGAGGUCGAACAAGCCAUGCAAGUGCACGUCACGCAUACCACACGCCUGAUGCAAGCCAUGACAGACCGACACUGUGCAAUGGAGGAGAGCGUCAAGGAAGUCGGGGAAAAACAGAGCUCCGUGUUGCAGCGACUUGAGCUCCUCGAAGGCAAGUUUGCCAAAGCCGACUUCCCGGUGUCUAGUACCCGCACCUCGGAUUCAGAAGCCGGGGGGCAGAAACCCGCCCUGAUCAUCGGGGGAUGGGACUCGGACCAGCACCACGAGGAGACCCUCCGACUCAUGCGGAAGCACAUGCAGGACCUCAAAGCCGACUUGGACAUAAGCCAAGCGUUUGUUCCCGGGCUCCGCAGGGGGUUCACCAUCGUCCCUCUUGCCAAGGCACCGGGGGAAACCGAAGCUGACCAGAGGGAGCAGCGUCCGGAAGGGGGACACCGCUACCUUUUUGCCACAAUGUCGCAGAGCCCCGAGAGACGCAAGCGAGCUCAGCUGGCAGGCAAAGUCAAGCGCCUCAUCAUUGAAGAAGGGGGCGACCCCUCCCGCAUCGAGGUCGAGUACGGGACUGCAAACUUAUGGUAUAACAGCGUGAAGCUGGCCUCGGGGGUGACCUCGGCACCGAGUGGCGCCUCAGUCGAGAAAGCUGGUUGGGUGCACCUCGGGAACCUGACGCGGCAAAUCGGGGGAUCCGAAGAUGCAGUGACCACGCGGUGGGGUGACCUCCGCAAAGCGCUGAUGUGA